AUGGAUACCAAUCCGGAUAUCAAAGACGAGGAUCAGUCACAGGACACCGUCAUGUUAGAUGGUACAUCUUCAGAUCACUAUUCAGAACCCUUUUCAGAACCUAAUCCGAUUAAAGAAGAAUUAGACGAAAUAUUUCCAGAGUCUCUUCUAUCGCGCUUGAAUCCCACCACCGAGGAAUCUUCCGGCUCGGAAAGUCAGACGCAAGUUAAGAUAGAAAGCCCUUUAGGCCAGACGGAAUCUGGCUCGGCCGGAUUUGAUGAGUCUGCACUUGAUCAGCCUGCAUUUGAUCAUCACAAUCUCGAUUCGUUCUUACUUUAUCAGCCCGCAACUGGCCAGUCCGCAAUUAAUCCGUCUGCACUCGGACAAUCUGUACUUGGCCAGUCCACACUCGAACAGUCUGUACUCAAUACGCCCGUAUUCGACCAGUCUGCACAUGGUCAGCCCGCACUCGACCAUCCUGUACUUGAUCAGUCUGCACUCAACGAGUCUGCGGCUACAACCGACGAGCCCACAACCAACGAGUCUACACUUGACCAGUAUGAAUUUAAUCAGCCUGCUCCCGAGCCCUGGAUUAACUGGAACAAGCCAAUUCUCGAUCCCGGGAUUCCGAUACUUUGCAACCCGACCGAUAAUCCCUCAGACUUUGCGCUACCGGACAAAUACAUGUACUGUCCAUUAUGCAGAAACGACUUCGACGGCUGGCUCUUUCCUUUAGAAAAUGUCUACGCAUGCGGAUUCUGUGAAGUUUCCGAUGUGACCAGUGUUAAUAAUGGUCAGGCGUUCUCUAGUGCUUCGGAAUUGCGCCAGCACGUACUGUACAACCACGAAUCACCAGAGCCCACCGGCACCUGGACGUUCAAUCGUGUUUUGAACAACUACCUCCUCCACUCUCCUCAUUUCCGCUUUCAAUACCAGGGCUACGUCAGAAAAAUUGGCAAAGGCUUGCCUGGAGGUCUCCGUGUAACCAGAUUCAAUUGGCCCCAGACGUUUAACACGCUAGGAGCGUUGCUGGCGCUGCAAAAUCUAGCUGAGAGGCUAGACCGAUUGUACGAGAGACCUUUAAGAGGGAUAGAACAGGACAUGGCUUUGAGAGACGACGUCAUGCUUCGAUUGUAUGCAUUGGCAACCAGUCAGAACACGAACAAUAAUACCACCUUGAGCCCGUGUGUGCUAUUGGACGUAGACCAGGAGCCGAGAGACCCAGAGAAUCACCCAUACCGCAACUUUGAGUACGGACCUUUGCUAAUCCAGUAUCAUGUUAACGAUCCCUUCUUCAGGCUAGCUGGACCUGAAGAUUCCGAUGGCACAACGCCGUGUGUCCUUUGGCCUGGUUCCAUUGUGAUUGGGAGAAUGACAAUUGAUUUCGGACUUGGGGAUAUCUUGGGGGGCAAAGCUGCUUGGAAGUUACAAGAGCGCAGCCUUUUGAAAGAAGCCUUGGGCUCUGGUAUCAACUUUUAG